GGGGGAUGGCUGGAUCACGUGAUCGAAAAUGAAACGCUGUAGUCUAGUUAAAAAUGUUGACAUUGCGAGGGAUGAGUGGAUGUAGGAUAUUCCUUGUUGCUAAUGAAAGCUGUUUGGAUUAAUCAAGAGUGGUCUGAGGCUGGAUGCGAAGUAGUUCCCUUGUCUCUGAGUCAUGGAGUUUCCAGAUCACAGUCGCCGUAUCCUGCACAGUUUGCGUGACCAGCAGAUGCAAGGUUUUCUGUGUGAUUGUCAAGUUAUAGUUGGUACUGCCCACUUUCUGGCUCACCGCUCUGUCCUGGCCUCUUGCAGCCCCUUUUUUCACAUGUCGUGCAGAGAGCAUCCAGAUACACGGGACCUCACCCUGAAUAGCCAGAUCGUCACAGCACCAGCCUUUUCUCUACUUAUUAACUUUAUGUACUGUGGGCGACUCAGCUUCCAGGAGGCACCCGCAGAGGAUGUCCUGGCAGCCGCCAGCUACCUUCACAUGGAUGAGGUUGUGAGGGUCUGCAAAAAGAGGCUGCAGGGCCGAGCACCAGCAGAGGCAGACAGCACACGACGAGAAGAGGAGAGCUCCACAGCCUACCAUUUAGCAGAGAAUGGAGACGUAAAGCUAAGACUACAGGGUAUGGAGUGUGGGCAGAGCAGAACAAGAAAUCUGAGAUGCCAAGGUGAAGAAGCAGAAGGAAGUGAGCAGAAAGUGCCAGGGAAUGCAGCGUUCCAAUUGCAGGAAGGAGCAGGGAGUUCUAGAUUCCAGAGACAGGAGGCAGUAGGAACAGGGCAGAGAUUGGCAGGGAGUUUAGGUCAUCAGGCACAGGAGGUGUCAGGAAAUGGACAGAGAGUAGCAGCAAGUUCUAGGAUUGAGGCACAUACAAUAGUGGAAGGUGGACAAGAAGUGGCGGGAAGUUCUGGGCUUGGUAUACAAGAGGGAACAGGAAGUGGACAGGCAGUUGCAGGUAGUGUAAGAGGUCAAGGGCAGCAAUUAACAGUAAGUCAUCAAGAGGUGGCAGGGACCUCUAGGUUUGAAGUGCCAAAAAGAACAGAGAAUGAGCAGCCAGUACCAGAAAGCAUGAGAUAUCAACAGCAGGAUGCUCCACAAAGUACAGUCACACCACACACUCUCAGAUAUCCUACAGGAAGCCACGAUACUUGUUCCAGUGCACAGGCAGCACCAUCUAGAAACUCUCCAAAGAGGCAAGAACCAGCAGGCAGCACACAGGGCCCAAUAGGAGGUUCCAGGUAUUCUCUACAGCCUCAAGAAUCUCUACGCGUUAACAACCAAGUCCUGACAAUGCCUAGAUUGUCUCUGGAAAAUCACACAGAAGCAGGGACAACUUUGUCAGUUUCAGGGAGUUUCAGAUGUUCAUUGCACACAUCAGAGCCCACUGGUAGCACAAUGGCAACAUCAGGAACUUCCAGGUACUGUGUACAGAGUUCACAAUUUGCAGGGAACGCAGCGGCGCAACCGGGUGCUGCUAAAAUCUCCUUGCAGACACAAGAGCCAACUGGUAGUAUGCAGUUGGCUUCCUCUCGCCCAAGAUACAUUUCUCAAGUUCAGGAGCCUACAGGCAGCAUUAGUACACCACCAGGCCUUUCCAGAUACCUUCUACAAAGCCCUGAGUCAGCAGGCACCAUGCAGGCGGUAGCAGGUACAUCCAGAUAUCCCUUGCCGACCUCUGGUUGUCUGACUGCAAAGCAGAGAGAAGAGGGCGAUUGUGCAAAGUCCGAGUUGGCAGUGACCACCACAACACAGCCUGGAAUGGAGACUGCAACUGCCCCAAGCCCAUGCAGCUCCACUGGUAGUGAAGUGCACCCAGCGCCAGGUGUUACAGUGAAGGUAGAGGCAAUUGUGAUAUCCGACGAGGAAUGUGACAGAGGAACUGCAUCUUUUAAACGGCAUGACUUUGAGGAGGAGGAAGGAGAGGAGGAAUCUAACUACUUGCCUUAUCAUAUGAUUGCAGUUCCAGGUGGGCACCAUCCUGGUUAUGGAACCCUUCUGCCUCCAUCCAUCCAUGCAGAGACCAUGUAUUUGCAGGAUUUUGAAGGACACCCUGGUUUUCCCCUAUUCCCAGAGGAUGUUCCCACCUGCAAAACAUGUGGAAAGACCUUUUCUUGCUCCUACACACUCAGACGACAUGCCACUGUACAUACCAGAGAACGACCCUAUGAGUGUCGUUAUUGUUUACGCAGCUACACCCAAAGCGGGGACUUAUACAGGCACAUCCGUAAGGCACACAGUCAGCUUGAGCCAAGUCUCAAGAAACCAAAGGGGGAGAUAGAGCCAGCACCCCCUAACUUGCCUUGAAGACUGAUUAAAGCUUGGCAUCUUUAACUACAUAUGGUAAUUGGGCACAUGUGGGAUGACUUCUGUUCAAGGAAAAGAGCUUUGACUAUGCCCAUUUGAACAUUAACAACAUUCAGACUAUAUGUGACUGUUGUAAUUUAUUCAUAUUUUUUUUUUCUUUGCACAAACGUAUGGUUCUUAAUGUUAUCUUUACAAAAGAAGGAACACCUUUUCAUUAAGAUUGAAAGGCCAACAUGCUUUCUUUACAUACAGGAGUCAUUUCUGUUGGCUAUUGGUUUCUGUGCAUAUGGUUACUGCUGAAGCACCCUAUAAAUCCUUGGGGUGAUGAGCAGAAGCAAAGAGUCAGAGUUGUAUGACUGUCAUUAAGCUGUCUCAUAAUGAGUAAAUUAAGUGUUACACAUUGAAAAAAAAUAAUAAGGACUUUUCUUAAUCAUGGGAAGAAAUAUUUUAGAUAUUUUUUACAUUACUCUAACACCAUAAACUAAAAGCACUAUUCUAUUCCUUCUAUGAAUAGGUUGUGCAGUUGUUUACCGACAUCCACCUGCAGGCAACUUUCUUUCUGUUGUUCAGAUUUUUGAGGGUGUUAAGGUGGCCAUACACGGAUAGAUCCGCUCGUUUGGCGAU